AUGAAGGGGAUCUACAGAGACGGAUACUACGACGGAUCUAUUGAACUAUCGGACGUGUUCGGCAGGAGAUGCGUUACAUGUGGCCGAGGGGACUUGGUUCCGGCUAAAGCGAUGAGGAUUAGGACGGCCGUCAUUUUCUGGAAUCUCGUCUUUUCCAUGAUGUUCACUUGUGUGAAAGGUUUCAUCCACACUUGCGGAGGGACUUUAAAAGGGAGGAAUGGGACGAUAGAGAGCCCAGGGUUUCCAUAUGGAUAUCCGAAUGGAGCGAACUGUACCUGGGUGAUUGUAGCCGAGGAGAGGAACAGGAUUCAUAUAGUGUUUCAAUCUUUCGCUGUGGAGGAGGAAUAUGACUUUUUGUCUUUGUAUGACGGGCACCCUCAUCCGGCUAACUUCAGGACAAGGUUAACAGGAUUUACAAUCCCGCCACCUGUUACCAGUUCCGGCUCCAUUUUUUCACUGAGGCUCACAAGCGACUUUGCUGUAAGCGCUCAUGGAUUUAAGGUAGUCUAUGAAGAGUUGCGAAGCAGCUCAUGUGGAAACCCAGGUAUUCCUCCCAAAGGCAUUCUCAACGGAACACAGUUCAAUGUGGGGGACAAGAUCCGCUACCGCUGUGUUACCGGCUACAUCCUCGAUGGACACUCACUCCUCACCUGUGUUACCAACACAGCAGGUGUUUCCGUGUGGGAUUUUCCUGUGCCUAUCUGCAGAGAGGAGGACACCUGUGGCGGCACCCUGAGGGGUUCCAGCGGGCUUAUCUCCAGCUUUGAUUCCCCCGGUGGUGGUCCCGGAAGCGGGGAGUGUAAGUGGACCAUCCUGGCUGAUCCUGGGGACACCAUCUCACUGGUGUUCACCGACUUCCAGAUGGACGAGAAGUCAGAUUACCUGGAGGUGGAGGGAUCUGAACCACCCACCAUCUGGCUGUCUGGAAUGAAUAUUCCAGCACCCAUCAUCAGCAACAAAAACUGGCUACGGCUGCAUUUUGUGACAGAGAGCAACCACCGCCAUAAAGGCUUCAGGGCGCAGUAUCAAGUGAAAAGCUCUGGGGAGCUAAAAUCCAGAGGGGUAAAAUUAUUACCGGGAAAGGACAACACUAACAAACUGUCUUUGAUGAACGAGGGAGGAAUCAAACAGGUGUCUAAUUACUGCCCGGACCCAGGGGAGCCGGAGAAUGGCAAACGGAUCGGCUCUGAUUUCAGCAUUGGAGCAACUGCUCAGUUCAGCUGUGAUGAAGACCACGUGUUGCAGGGCUCCAAAACUAUUACCUGCCAGCGCGUCGCUGAGGUCUUCGCUGCUUGGAGUGACCACCGGCCUGUCUGCAAGGUGAAAACAUGUGGGUCGAACCUCCACGGUCCAUCAGGGACGUUCACGUCCCCUAAUUUUCCUAUUCAGUACGAGAGUAACUCCCAGUGUGUCUGGAUCAUCACUGCCAGCGAUCCAAACAAGGUUAUCCAGAUCAACUUCGAGGAAUUUGACUUGGAGAUUGGGUAUGAUUCACUAACCAUUGGCGAUGGAGGGGAAGUAGGUGACUCAAGAACAAUAAUACAAGUGCUGACGGGGAGUUUUGUUCCUGAUCUGAUCGUCAGCAUGUCUCAUCAGAUGUGGCUUCAUCUCCAAUCUGAUGAGAGUGUGGGGUCAAUUGGCUUCAAGAUCAACUAUAAAGAAAUUGACAAAGAAAGUUGUGGUGACCCUGGUACACCUCUGUAUGGCUACCAAGAAGGCAGUGGCUUUUUAAAUGGUGAUGUCUUGCGCUUUGAAUGCCAGUUUGGAUUCGAGCUGAUAGGCGAGAGGAUGAUAACAUGCCAGAACAACAAUCAGUGGUCUGCUAAUAUCCCCAUCUGCAUAUUCCCAUGUUUCUCCAACUUCACUGCGCCAUCGGGGACGGUUUUAUCGCCUGACUACCCAGAAGGCUACGGGAACAAUCUCAACUGUGUUUGGCUCAUCAUCUCUGAGCCUGGUUCAAGAAUCCACCUGGCUUUUAAUGACUUUGACCUUGAGCCUCCUUAUGACUUCCUCACUGUCAAAGAUGGUGACCAGUCAGGAGCAACAAUAUUGGGUCGUUUCUCAGGAGCUGAGGUCCCAUCUCAUUUGACGUCCAACAGCAACAUAUUGCAGUUGGAGUUCCAGGCCGAUCAUUCGAUGUCUGGGCGAGGAUUCAACAUCACCUACAGCACGUUCGGGCACAACGAGUGCCCUGACCCAGGUGUCCCGCUGAAUGCCAGGCGCUUUGGAGACAGCUUCCAGCUGGGAAGCUCCAUCUCUGUGGUAUGUGAGGAGGGCUUCAUUAAGACGCAGGGGGCUGACACCAUCACUUGCCGGUUGGAAGAGGGCAAGGUGAUGUGGAGUGGACUCAUACCCAAAUGUGAAGCUCCAUGUGGGGGCCACUACUCGGGGCCAUCCGGAGUCAUUCUCUCCCCUGGGUGGCCUGGCUACUACAAGGACUCUCUGAGUUGUGAGUGGGUGAUUGAGGCUGAGUUGGGAUGCUCCAUCAAGAUCAGCUUUGACAGGUUUCAGACAGAGCUUAGCUAUGACUUCCUGGAAGUUCAUGAUGGCCCCAACUUGCUCUCCCCGUUGAUUGGCUCGUUCAAUGGAACCCAGGUGCCUCAGUUCCUGUUUAGCAGCAGUAACUUCCUGUAUCUGCUCUUCACUACUGACAACAGCAGAUCCAACAGUGGCUUUAAGAUCUUCUAUGAAGUGGUCACAUUGGACACAUACUCCUGUAUGGAUCCCGGUAUCCCAGUGAAUGGAGUACGUUUAGGCCAUGACCUGUCUAUUGGCUCCAUGGUGUCUUUCCAGUGUGAACCAGGGUAUCGGUUAAGCCAUGAAGAGCCCCUUGUCUGUGAGAAGAAUCAUUUCUGGAGUAAUCCUCUGCCUACUUGUGAUGCAUCAUGCGGUGGGGAUAUCAGAGGACCCGCAGGGAUCAUCUUAUCACCCGGCUACCCAGAGCUAUAUCCCAGCUCCCUGAACUGUACCUGGACUGUAGAGGUCAGCCAUGGCAAAGGUGUCCAGUUUACUUUCCACUCUUUCCACCUGGAGGACCACCAUGACUACCUUUUGAUCACUGAGAACGGCAGCUUUGCCCAGCCGUUGGCUCGGCUCACUGGAUCUGAGCGUCCCGCUCCGGUUAACGCUGGCCUCUAUGGGAACUUCAAGGCCCAGCUGCGUUUCAUCUCUGACUUCUCCAUAUCCUUGCAAGGAUUCAACAUCUCCUUUUCAGAGUAUGAUCUUGAGCCCUGUGAAGACCCUGGGACUCCUCAGUUUGGCUGGCACACAGGCUCUAAAUUCGGGAUUGGGGACUCACUUGGUUUCUACUGCAACAAAGGCUAUCGUUUACAGGGGGCCAGGGAGAUUGUUUGCCUGGGAGGUGGCCGCCGCAUGUGGAGCACCCCUCUGCCAAGGUGUGUGGCGGAGUGUGGGUCAGUGGUCUCCAAUAACGAGGGAGUUCUUUUGUCACCCAACUACCCGAUGAACUAUGACAACAAUCACGAAUGUGUAUAUAGUAUCCAGGUCCAAACAGGCAAAGGCAUCAAUGUCACUGCCAAUGAUUUUCAACUCGCAUUGGGUGACAUCCUCAAGGUGUAUGAUGGGAAAGACAGUGCAGCUCCAGUCCUUGGCACAUACACUGGCACAUCGAUGCAAGGCUUUUCUCUCACCAGCACUUCCAACCAUCUCUGGAUGGAGUUUUUCUCUGACCUGGAGGUGACGGCUGUGGGGUUCCAGCUUGUAUACAAUAGUUUUGAGCUGUCCCACUGUGAUGAUCCAGGGGUGCCGCAGUUUGGCUUCAAAAUCAGCGACCAGGGUCACUUUGCGGGUAGUGCCAUCACGUACGGCUGUGACCAAGGUUACACCCUGCAUGGCAGUGGCAUACUCGAGUGUAUGACUGGUGAGAGAAGGGCAUGGGACAACAACCUCCCAUCAUGCAUAGCGGAGUGUGGUGGCAGUUUUAAGGAUGAGUCUACAGGGCGUAUCCUCUCUCCUGGUUAUCCAUUCCCAUAUGACAACAACCUAAGAUGCAAGUGGACGAUUGAGGUCAACUCUGGCAACAUUGUAAGUCUCAAGUUCCUAGCGUUCGACACAGAGGCAUCCCAUGACAUCCUGAAGGUUUGGGAUGGACCGCCUGAGAACGAAAUGUCGCUGAAGGAGGUGAGCGGUUCCCUGCUGCCUGAGGGGAUCCACUCCACCCUCAACCUGGUCACCAUUCAGUUUGAGACAGACUUCUACAUCACCAAGUCCGGCUUUGCCAUUGACUUCUCCAGCUCUCUUGCAACAGCCUGUAGAGAUCCAGGUAUGCCCAUGAAUGGCAGCCGCAGCGGGGAAGGGCGGGAGCCCGGCGACUCAGUGACCUUCUCAUGUGAUCCAGGCUAUGAAUUGCAGGGGGAGAGCAGAAUCACCUGCAUCCAAGUGGAAAAUAGAUAUUACUGGCAGCCUAGUCCGCCAAGCUGCAUAGCUCCAUGUGGUGGGAAUGUGACAGGAUCUUCGGGAUUUAUCCUAUCUCCAAACUACCCACACCCAUAUCCGCACAGCAAAGACUGUGAUUGGCUCAUUGCUGUCCAUUCUGACUAUGUCCUUUCCCUAGCUUUCAUCAGCUUCAGCAUUGAGCCCAACUAUGAUUUCCUGUACAUCUAUGAUGGGCCAGACAGCAACACCCAUCUGAUUGGCAGUUUCCAAGACAGCAAACUUCCUGAGAAGGUUGAGAGCACCUCCAACUUUAUGUACUUGGCAUUUCGUAGCGAUGGCUCCGUCAGCUACACUGGUUUUCAUUUGGAAUACAAAGCAAAACUGCGAGAAGCUUGUUUUGAUCCGGGUAACGUGAUGAAUGGCACUAGACUGGGUACUGAUUACAAGCUGGGAUCUAUGGUGACUUUCCACUGUGAGGCUGGCUACCUGCUGCAGGGUUAUUCAACACUGACGUGCAUUUUCGGAAACAGCAAGAGGCCUGAAUGGGACAGAGCCAAACCCAGCUGUCAAGCUCCAUGUGGAGGUCGCUCAACAGGAUCAGAGGGGACCGUACUGUCUCCAAACUACCCACAUAAUUACACUGAGGGCCAGAGCUGCAUCUACGACGUCUUUGUCCCCGGGGACUUUGUGCUUUUUGGUCAGUUUGUGGUGUUUCAAACCUUGGCCAGUGAUGUGGUUGAGAUCUACGAUGGGCCUUCCACAGACUCCCCACUCCUCUCUUCUAUUUAUGGAUCCCACUCAGGCGAGACACUCCCUUUGAGUUCAGGGAACAAAAUCACUCUCAAAUUUACCACCGCAGGGCCAGAGUCGGCUAAAGGAUUCCAUUUUGUUUACCAAGCUGUCCCUAGGACUAGUGCCUCUCAGUGCAGCUCAGUCCCUGAGCCUCGGUUUGGAACAAGGAUUGGUAACGACUUUGGCAUCGGCACAGCGAUCCUGUUUGAAUGCAAUCCAGGCUACACACUGCACGGCUCCAACGCCAUCAGGUGUGAGGCCGUGCCCAACACCUUGGCGCAGUGGAACGGCACUGUGCCCACAUGUGUCGUUCCCUGCGGUGGUGUGCUAACUGAACGCAGGGGUACCAUCCUCUCUCCUGGAUACCCAGAGCCUUAUGCCAACUAUCUGAACUGUGCCUGGAAGAUCUCAGUUCCCGAAGGAGCCGGAAUCCAAAUUCAAGUUGUAACCUUUGCCACGGAACACAACUGGGAUUCGUUGGAUUUCUUCGACGGCGUUGAUGGCAAUGCUCCAAGACUCGGCAGCUACUCAGGUACGACCAUUCCUCAACUGCUGAACAGCACCUCCAAUAACCUGUAUCUGACAUUCCAGUCUGACAUCAGUGUCUCAGCUGCCGGCUUCCAUCUGGAGUACACAGCAAUAGGUUUGGAUUCAUGUCCAGAGCCGCAGCCCCCCCCCAGUAACGGUCAGAGGGUGGGUGAGCGUUACACUGUGGGUGACAUGGUGUCCUUCCUGUGUGACCAAGGCUUCACAUUGAAGGGUAAUACCUAUAUUACCUGCAUGCCCGGUCCUGUCAGAAGGUGGAAUUACCCCGUACCACUCUGUUUAGCUCAGUGUGGUGGCUCCAUGACAGACUUCAGCGGCGUCAUCCUCAGCCCGGUUCCAGGGAAUUACCAGAGCAGCCUGGACUGCAGCUGGAGGAUCCCUCCUGUUGGCUUUGGGAUCCACUUGCAGUUUCUUAACUUCUCCACGGAGGCAGUUCAUGACUACCUGGAGGUGCGCAGCGGGAGCCUGGAAACAGGGACGGUGAUUGAUCGGUUCAGUGGCUCCGUGGUGCCCGAACCUCUUUUUAGCACAACCCACGAGACCACGCUCUUCUUUCACAGUGACUUCCAGAACAAACCCGGCUUCCACAUUGUCUACCAGGCAUACGAGCUGCAGAUGUGCCCAGACCCACGACCAUUUCGGAAUGGUAUUGUGAUCGGCCGAGACUACAGCGUUGGAAUGACCAUCUCAUUCGAGUGCCUGCAGGGUUACACUCUGCUGGGAGAAGCCUCUCUCACCUGCCUGCAUGGAGUCAGCAGAAACUGGAACCACCCCGUGCCCCGAUGUGAAGCUCUCUGUGGUGGGAAUAUUACAUCCAUGAAUGGCACCAUUUACUCCCCCGGGCACCCAGCCGAGUAUCCAAAUUUCCAGGAUUGUAUGUGGAUGGUCAGGGUACCGCCAGGAUAUGGUAUCUACAUCAAUUUCACUAUUAUAAACACAGAACCAAUCUACGACUACAUCACUGUGUGGGAUGGACCCGACCAGGGCUCGCCUCAGAUUGGCCAGUUCAGCGGCAACACCGUCCAGGAGGGCGUAUCCACAACCGCCAAUCAAAUCCUCAUCAAGUUCCACAGCGACUUCAGCACCAGUGGCUUCUUUGUGCUGCGUUACCAUGCGUACCAGCUGAGAAUAUGUCAUCCUCCACCCCCUGUUGCCAACGCCAAUGUCUUAACUGCUGAUGACGAGUAUGAAAUAGGGGACAUUAUUCGGUACUCAUGCCUGCCAGGGUUCACCUUGGUGGGCAGUGAGAUUCUAACCUGUCGACUUGGAGAGAGACUACAGAUGGAUGGACCCCCACCAGUCUGUCAAGUCCAAUGCCCAGCCCAUGAGGUGCGUUUUGACUCAACGGGGGUGAUUCUGAGUCCAGGCUACCCUGACAGCUAUCCUAACCUCCAGAUGUGCUCCUGGCUGAUCAGUGUGGAGAAAGGCUACAACAUCACUCUGCACUUUGAACUCUUCCAGACAGAGAAGGAUUUUGACAUCUUGGAAAUAUUUGAUGGUCCUAACAUCUAUAGCCAAAGUUUGGCCUCCUUGAGUGGUGACAUUGACACGCCCUUUAGCUUCACCACCACGGGCCACCAACUCCUGCUGCGCUGGUCCUCUGACCAUGGCACCAACCGGCGUGGCUUCCACAUCAGAUACGUUGCUAUGUACUGCAGUACCCCAGACUCUCCACAACAUGGCUUUGUGGUUAGCCAGACGGGGGGCCAUCUGAAUAGCCUGGUGCGCUGGGCCUGUGACAGGGGCUACAAGCUGAUUGGAAAGGGCACAGCUGUCUGCAAGAAGACCCCCUAUGGCUACUAUACCUGGGACUCGCCGGUUCCCGCGUGUCAAGCCGUGUCGUGUGGCAUGCCAAGCUCGCCAGAGAACGGAGGUGUGUUGGCUGCUGAUUACUCCGUUGGCACACGCGUGACCUACUUCUGCAACAGUGGCUACCGGCUCUCCUCCAAGGAGCUGACGACCACAGUCUGCCAGCCGGAUGGUACCUGGAGCAACCACAACAAGAUACCACGCUGCACCGUUAUGAUGUGCCCCAGUCUCAGCUCAUUCUCUCUUGACCACGGCAAAUGGAGGAUAGUCAAUGGUUCACACUACGAGUAUGGAACCAAAAUAAUCUUCACAUGCAACCCUGGAUACUACCGUGUUGGCCCCGCCCACAUUCAGUGCCUAGCCAAUGGCGUGUGGAGCUGGAGGAAUGAAAGGCCCCGGUGCAUAAUCAUUUCAUGCGGAGAUCUACCCACUCCUCCUAAUGGGAAGAAAAUUGGGACCCAGACUACCUUUGGUGCCUCAGCCAUUUUCAGCUGUAUCCUCGGCUAUGUUUUAACAGGCUCUGUUGUUAGAGAAUGUCUCCUGUCCGGCCUCUGGAGUGGAACAGAGACUGAGUGCCUGGCCGGUCACUGUGGUGUACCAGAGCAAAUAGUAAAUGGGCAGGCGAUCGGGGAGAACUUUGGCUACCGUGACACAGUGGUUUACCAAUGCAACCCCGGCUUCAGACUCAUUGGCUCCUCUGUACGCAUCUGCCAGCAAGACCACAACUGGUCUGGACAUCUCCCUGCUUGUAUUGCCGUCACUUGUGGCCACCCGGGUAGCCCUAUCUAUGGCCGCACUACAGGUGAUGGCUUCAACUACAAUGAUGUGGUGCGCUUCUCCUGCAACAAAGGGUACACAUUGGAAGGUCCCUCCUCAGCCCAGUGCCAGGCCAACCGCCAGUGGAGCCACCAGCCACCGACGUGCAGAGUGGUGAACUGUACCGACCCAGGCAUUCCUGCCAACUCAAUCCGUGAGAGUAAGAUUGAGCACGGCAACUUCACCUUUGGCAGUGUGGUUUUCUACGACUGUAACCCUGGAUAUUACCUGUUCGGCUCAUCAGUGCUCACCUGCCAGCCGGCUGGGAACUGGGACAAGCCUCUGCCAGAAUGCAUUGAGGUGGACUGUGGCCACCCGGGCUCCCCUCCCCACGGACUUAUGGUUGGUGAGAAGUUUACCGUCGGCUCAACAGUGCACUACUCUUGUUCUGGGGACCAUCAGCUCAUAGGAGACCCAUCACUUACUUGUCAGCUCAAUGGACACUGGAGUGCUCCACUCCCCCACUGCUCGGGUGACGUGGCAGUUGCCUGCGGGGACCCUGGCAUACCUGCUCACGCCAGCAGAGAGGCAGGGAACUUCAAGGUGCGCAGCAAAGUGCGUUUCACCUGCACAGUGGGCCACACGCUGUACGGCUCGGCGGAGAGGAUCUGCUUCCCCAACGGGACCUGGUCGGGACGGCAGCCUUUCUGCAAACCGGUGCAGUGCGGGAACCCAGGGACACCUGCUCAUGGUCGUAUAUCCCGUGUCGACGGCACAACCUUCUCCCACUCCAUUGUGUAUUCCUGCAUGGAGGGCUAUUUCCUUUCUGGGUCACCCACGCGGCAAUGUCUGGCCAACGGCACGUGGUCCGGCACAGCUCCAAACUGCACAUUGAUUACCUGUGGCGACCCGGGUGUCCCAGCUAACGGGCUUCGGUUUGGUGAUGACAUCACCGUCGGCCAGAACGUGACUUUUUCGUGUCAGCCAGGGUACAGGAUGAUAUGGGCCGAUAGCACUGUCACAAGGACUUGCACCAGCAAUGGCACCUGGACUGGCACUAUGCCAUCAUGCCAAGUGGUGACAUGCCUUGUUCCCCCACCCAUCCCCAACGGCCUCCUGGAAGGCUCAGUCCUAGACUGGGGUACCAGUGUGAGCUACACCUGCCUGCCUGGCUAUGAGCUCUCCUUCCCUGCUGUUCUCACCUGCGUAGGGAAUGGAACAUGGACCGGAGACCUGCCUCAGUGCCUGCCCAAGUUCUGUGGAGAUCCUGGUACCCCUGCCAAAGGACAGCGAGAAGGGCGCAGUUUCAUCUUCAAGUCUGAGGUGACAUUUAGCUGCAGUGUCUCCUUUGUACUGGUGGGCUCAGCGACACGCAUCUGCCAGGAGGACAGCACUUGGAGUGGAUCUCAGCCUCGGUGUAUAGAGCCCACCAGAACCACCUGUGAAAAUCCAGGGACACCCGAGAAUGGCUUUAUGAACUACACCGCAGGCUUCAAGGUGGGCAGCAGAGUGGAGCUCCACUGCCAACAAGGCCACCUGCUACAGGGCUCCACCACCAGACUCUGUCUGCCAGAUCUCACCUGGACCGGCACUCAACCCACCUGUGUCCCCCACUCCUGCAAGCAGCCACGAAGCCCAGCCAACACGGACGUGGUGGGCCUAGACUUGCCCUCCUACGGCUAUACCCUGGUGUACACCUGUCAGCCCGGCUAUUUCCUUUCCGGGGGCUCCGAGCACCGCGUCUGUCGCUCUGACGGCAGCUGGACUGGCAAGGUUCCCGUAUGCAGAGUUGGCUCCAAAUUGCAUGAAAAAACUGUCAAGCCAAUAUCAGGGACACCAAGCCCUAAAAUAAAUGUCCCUGAUGACGUCUUUGCCCCUGACUUCAUCUGGAAGGGGUCUUUCGAUUACAAGGGCAGGAAACAUCCAAUGACUUUAACAAUCACAAGCUUUAAUGCCACAUCAGGAAAAGUCAAUGUAACUUUAACCGACAGUAGCAUGGAGUUUCUGCUCUCUGGAGUGUACAAGAGCCAGGAGGCUCGGCUAAUGCUGCUGCUGUACCAAAUGAGAGCGCUGGCUCACAGUUCCUUCAGUAGGAUUACUGAUGAAACCUGGGCAAUGGACGGAUUUGUUUCUGCUGAGCCGGAGGGGAGAAGCUUUGUAUUCCAAGGCUUCAUACGGGGUAAAGACUAUGGACAGUUUGGACUACAAAGACUUGGUAUGAGUGUGAGAGAAAAUAUUACACUUGCUGACCCUGAAACCAAUGGCUCCACCAACAGCAGCUCCAUGGCCGUUGCUAUCCUCGUGCCUUUCUUCGCCCUCAUCUUUGCAGGUCUCGGUUUCUAUCUCUACAAACAGCGGAAAGCAGAUAAAGCACAGUACACAGGCUGUUCUGCCCACGAGAACAACAAUGGCCAAGCCACUUUUGAGAAUCCCAUGUACAACACAAACACAAAAGCUACUGAGGGCAAAGUCGUCCGUUUUGAUCCCAAUCUCAACACCGUCUGCACCAUGGUUUGA